UAUUUGGAUGAUGAAGAAGAACAAUUAAGAUAUGUUGGCCGCAAAGUCCAAAGCUGCUCUUCGAGCAUCGAGAAUGUUUAAUAAUGGAGUGCGCAGCCUUCAUACUUGUUGUUUGCGCUCUCCAUUUGCGGUGGAGAGGCCUCUUCCUCAAUCAAUUUCAUACAGGAGAACUCGCUGCCGGCGUCUUUUUGCGACCUUUUGCUCUGCUGCAGCCAUCCCCAAUAAGGAAAGGAAGUCGAAGGUGAUUGUGAUAUCUGGUCCAACUGGUUCUGGGAAGAGUAGGCUUGCUAUGGAGCUUGCUAAGCGUCUCAAUGGUGAAAUUAUCAGCGCCGACUCUGUGCAGAAGAUUAAUGGAAUUGAAGGCUGGAAAUUGAUGUGGUACAGUGAAGGGGGUAUGAGGAAAUUGGAUGUAUACCAGGGUCUUGAUAUUGGAUCUGCAAAGCCAUCGGCAAGGGAUAGAAAGGUGUCUUAUAUCUUACGUGCUCUAAAAUUUUGCUAUUACUUGGAGGUCCCGCACCAUUUGAUUGACAUUCUACGUCCAUCUGAUGAAUAUUCUGUUGGUCGGUUUUUUGAAGAUGCAAGGCAAGCGACAAGAUGUGUACUUGAUAAUGGCCGUGUUCCGAUAGUUUGUGGUGGGACAGGAUUGUAUUUAAGAUGGUUCAUGUAUGGAAAACCCAAUGUUCCAAAGGCCUCUCCAGACAUUGCUGCUGAAGUUUGUUCUGAGUUAGCAGACUUGCGGAGAAAUGAAGACUGGGAUGCAGCUGUGCAAUUGGUUGUUAAAGCUGGUGAUUCUAGAGCGCAGGAUUUAGCUAUUAAUGAUUGGUACCGAUUGCGGCGGAGCUAUGAGAUUAUCAAGGCAAGUGGUUCACCUCAAUCUGCAUUUCAAGUUCCAUAUGAUACUUUCAGACAAGACCAUGUUUCUGGUGCAGCCAGCAGCUUUCAGGGCGCCGACCAUUCAGUUGACCCUCAUGACUAUUCUAGUGAGGAAAUUGGCACGAAAGAGUUGGACUAUGAAUUCAUUUGUUUCUUUCUCUCUAGCCCAAGGCUUAAUUUGUAUAGGUCAAUUGACUUCCGCUGCGAAGAUAUGAUUUUAGGCAGUGAUGGGAUUUUAUCCGAGGCAACAUGGCUUCUUAAUAGUGGGCUUCUUCCAAAUUCAAGUUCUGCCACUAAAGCUAUUGGUUAUAGACAAGCUAUGGAGUACCUGUUAAGGUGUAGGCAGCAAGGUGGAAGGAGUUCUCCAGAAGAGUUCUAUGCCUUCCUCUCUGAAUUUCAGAAAGCAUCUAGAAAUUUUGCAAAAAGGCAAUUGACUUGGUUCCGGAAUGAGCGUAUAUAUCACUGGCUUGAUGCAUCCAAACCCCUGGAAAAUGCACUCAACUUUGUUUAUGAUGCUUACCACAGCGAAAGUGGAAAUAUCUCGGUUCCAGAAUCACUUAGAAUGAAAAGAGAUGGUUCCAGUUACCGAGAAGCUUCUGAGAUGAAGGCUUAUCGAACGAGAAAUAGGUAUUUUGUUAAACGUCAAGAUUGUGCUGAUGUUUUGGACUGGAUAGGAAGAACUCAAAGCGUUUACCAAGAUUUUCCUGUUGCUUGAAUGAGUUCGAUUUCAACCCCAUUUUUUACCUUUUUGUGAAGGAAUCAUACUUUCCAAAAUUUCUUUACAGCAGAUUUCAUAGGAGUUGUGCAUUAGUUUAGCAGUGAAUGUUCAUUUGCAAUGAAUGCUAUUCUCUACUACCAGAUGCCAGAAAUGACCAUUCAGUUUUGAAAGUGGUCAGUAUGCCUUAUUUUUGGAUUUGGUCUAAUUUAUUUUCGGGUAUUUAUAUAUUGUCUUAGUGUAAAUUCAUCGAUAAAAAGACAGAUUCUGUAAUUGGAACCUAUGAAACAAUCUGCCUGAUUAUUUCUUUUUUACUUUUGGGGUUGGAUGAUGAUUGAGACUCGAGUUUUUAUUCUCAUGAAAAAAUAGGAAUGUUCUAUAAAGUGCUAGGGAUAAUCUAGAGCUUGUAACAUGUUAAAGUUGCACACAUUCCUAUAAAAAGAUGACAAGUUGGCCUCAUGGAAAGGGCAUCUUCCUUGCUGAUAAGAGCAAGAAACUUUUUUUUU